UUUCUGGUCAUUUUGCAAAGGCGAUUUAUUCGUGUUGCAGUGAGAGCGGAUAAUAAAAUGCGAAGAAUAUUGCGAGUUUGUGCGUUUGUAAUAAUCGAUGUACUGUUUGCUGAACUCUGCACGUGCAUGCCGACGCCGCAGUUGUACAGCGGGAGUCCGGUGGUGGAGCUCCCUGGCGCUGCCAUCGCCGGGCGAGCCAGCCCGCGGGCCAGCGGGGGAGCGGGGAUGGUGUACGUGCUGGUUGGUUUGGUGAGCCUCCCUCUGCUGGUCACCGUGCUGUGGCUGCUGCGCCAGUUGUGGCGCAUGCUGGCCUCCUGCGCCGGCCGGGGCUGCCCCGCCACAGCGCGCUGCGCCAGUCGGCCCGACCACGGCCUGGAGGAGGUCGUGAUCAUACCCGCCGACCACCAGUUGCACUGCUCAGUUCCUCAGGGCGUGCCGUCUGCUAGCAGUGCCCUGCUGCGUGAUGGGCCACUAGCAUCUUCCCAACAACAACACCAGUUUUCACCUGUUUCUCUGAUGGAAGAGAUGUUGCUUGCGUCGACUCGUGAACAGAUGCAGAGUGCACCAACACCUGGUGACACACAACUGGUGACCUGCCACCAGUCUCCUAGCCGUCACAUAGAAGAGACGGAAGUAGAGGCCACAUGCGACCAGGAUCAAGCGGUGCUUUCACCUCCGAUGCAGGAUUCAGAAGCGUUUUCUAUCCCUGAUGCCUUCGCUCCUGCCGAUGCCGACAGUGACAACCCACAGUAUACCCAGGAGUUACAGAAAAUAAGCUUUAAGCAAUCAACCUUUUCAGCAGUUCUGACAGCCAGCCUCUCUGGCCUAAGGUUACUGCAAAGGACGUGGUGCGUUUUUGCUUCUAUUACGCCCUAUUGGCUCCACGACAUCACUCAACGCCGAAACAUCCCGCUUACCUAUCUUACAUCAUAUUCAACGGAAAGGACUGUUGAUGCUUAUCCUUCCGAGCAGCUGCAAGACUCAACAUUAUCUUUGAGGGAAGAUGUCUAUGAGACAUAUCCUCCCGAACUGCAUGAAGCACCAUUACCUUCAUGGGAAGAGUCUUUUGACACUUAUCCUCCCGAGCAGCUGCAAGAUUCGCGAUCACCUUUGAGGGAAGAGGUCUACGAGACUUAUCCUCUUGAACAGCUGCAAGCAUCAACAUCAUAUUCAAGAGAAAGGGCUCUUGAUGCUUAUACUCCCGAGCAGCUGCAAGAUUCACCAUCAUCUUCGAGGGAAGAGGUCUAUGAGACAUAUCCUUCCGAGCUGCAUGAAGCACCAUUAUCUCCAUAGCAAGAAACUUUUGACACUUAUCCUCCCAAGCAGCUGCAAGAUUCGCGAUCACCUUUGAGGGAAGAGGUCUACUCCCGAGCAGCUGCAAGAGUUUCCAUUCCCUUUGAAGGAAGAGGUCUAUGAAACAUAUCCUCCAGAGCAGCUGCAUGAGUCACCAUCAUCUCUGCAGGAAGAGGCCUUUGAGAAUUAUCCUUCUGAAUACCUACAUGUAUCGACAUUAUCUGAGAAUAAUGAGGUCUUUGAGACUUAUUCUCUUGAAACGCUGCAAUCAUCAACAUCAUUUCCGAGGGAAGAUGUGAAUGAGACUCAUCCUUCCGAACAGCUGCAUGUGGUAUCACUACACAAGAGAAACAAGAGAUCUGGUCCCCUUACCUACUAUAAGCUACAACUACCACCGUUUCCUCCACAACAAGUUCCUUUAAAAGAAGAGCUGUAUGAAACGUUUCCUCCUUUGAAAGCAUUGUCUGCGAAGAAAGAGGUCAUUGAGACUUAUUCUAUUGAACCGCUGCAAUCAUCAACAUCAUUUCCGAGGGAAGAUCUGAAUGAGACUCAUUCUUCCGAAAAGCUACAAGUGGUAUCACCACACAUGAGAAACAAGAGUACUAGUCCCCUUACCUACUAUAAGCUACAACUACCACCGUUUCCUCCACAACAAGUUCCUUUAAAAGAAGAGCUGUAUGAAACGUUUCCUCCUUUGAAAGCAUUGUCUGCGAAGAAAGAGGUCGUUGAGACUUAUUCUAUUGAACCGCUGCAAUCAUCAACAUCAUUUCCGAGGGAAGAUCUGAAUGAGACUCAUUCUUCCGAAAAGCUACAAGUGGUAUCACCACACAUGAGAAACAAGAGUACUAGUCCCCUUACCUACUAUAAGCUACAACUACCACCGUUUCCUCCACAACAAGUUCCUUUGAAAGAAGAGCUGUAUGAAACGUUUCCUCCUUUGAAAGCUGAUAUUGUCACUACCCCUUCAGAAUAAAAAGUCAUUUUUGCGAUAAACCAA